AUGAGUAUCUUACUAGUAUUGAUAUGUGUUUUUGCGUUUUCGUAUGCAGUCCCGCUAGGAAAUAAUGAGGAUUAUUCUGGAUAUUCGGUCUACUCCGUUAAUCUUCGUGAUCGAUCAGACCAGCUGGUUCUUUUAAAUCUGCAAGUAGAAUUAAACGUUGAUUUAUGGGACCAUGGCGCACCAGAUCUCCGUAACGCAUUGGUCAUGGUGUCUCCUGAGAAUAAGCUAAAAUUCUUGGACACAUUAGAAGAUAAUGGUAUAAACCAUCAACUCCAUCUUGCUGAUGUUGCCCUAUUUCUCAAAGCAUACGACACACACGUAACUAGUUGGAAACAAAGUAGGACUAAUAGGAUGCCGUUUGAAGACUACCCGAGAUACGCUGAGGUUGACGCGUAUAUGGAGAGAUUAGCUCGAGAAUAUCCAAGCUUAGUGACGCUGGUGAAUGCGGGAGACAGCUUCGAAGGUCGUGCUAUCAAGUAUUUAAAGAUAUCAACUACAAACUUUUCCAACACUAGCAAACCGAUUUACUUCCUCGAUGCAACGCUGCACGCGCGAGAGUGGGUGACAGUUCCUGUCGCUUUGUACUCUAUCCACCGUCUAGUAGAGAAUCUGAGAGAUCAGGAUCGAGACCUCCUAGAAAACAUUGACUGGAUCGUGUUGCCUAUCGCCAAUCCUGAUGGUUAUGAAUACAGCCACACUGAUGACCGUCUUUGGCGCCGUACUCGGUCUUACAACGCAGAGGUCAGCACAGAAUGUUGGGGCGUCGACGCGAACAGAAACUUCGACGUUAACUUCAACACCAUUGGCGUUUCAUCUGAUCCUUGCUCCAACGUGUACCCAGGCCACGUCGCAUUCUCUGAACCAGAGACACGAUACGUCAGAGACAUUCUUCUGGAAAAUAUAGACCGCUUGCAAUUGUAUCUGAAUAUUCACAGUCAUGGAAACUAUCUUCUAUUCGGAUUUGGUAACACAACUCUACCUGCCAAUGUUGCUCAGUUACAUCACGUUGCGGCUGCGAUGGGAGCAGCUAUUGAUGUAAAGAAACUGCCCAUUGCUCCUUAUUAUUUAAUUGGAAACAGUAAUCUAGUUCUGUACGGGAGCUCGGGAAGUGCUCAGGAUUACGGACAGGAGGUAGGCGUACCUUUUUCCUAUACUCUGGAGUUACCUGGUUACGGGUAUAGUUUCGUUGUUCCACCUCAAUAUAUUGAUCAAAUAAACACGGAAACCUGGGAAGGCAUCGCUUCGUCAGCUCGGCUCGCAAACUUGUAUUAUAGAGCGAGAAAUCGUGCUUGAUACUUGAGGAAUACAAGAAGCAGAACAAACCUUAGUGUUCCUUUAGCGUUUA